AGCCAACAUAGAACACACUAUUUCAUGAAGAAAAUUUUUAUUUCGUGUCUGUCAGGUAUUUAACAUCUCUUUAUAUUUGAGAUUUCUUAGAUUCUGACAGUUUUAAAUCAUGUUUAUGUAGGAGCGGCAUGUAUUUCAGUUUCACGCAUACUUUAUAAUUGCAGCUGACGUCAAAGCUGACGAAUUGCAGGAGCAUUUAAGUUUUUUGCUUUACGCUGUAGUCCUUGACACGUUUUGCAGUAGGUCUCGGACAGCCGAUUUAAUGGACUAGAUUAUUGAUAUUUUUGUCUACGUAUUUCUAUUCGAAGUCCUAUCACGAUGAUCAUCAAGGAGUUCCGAGUGACGCUGCCACUGACGGUGGAGGAGUACCAGGUGGGGCAGCUGUUCUCCGUGGCGGAGGCCAGCAAGAACGAGACGGGCGGGGGCGACGGCAUAGAGGUGCUGAAGAACGAGCCGUUCACGGACUACCCCCUGCUGGGCGGGGAGUACAACCGCGGGCAGUACACGCACAAGAUAUACCACCUCACCAACAAGGUGCCCUCCUUCAUCAGAAUACUGGCGCCCAAGGGCUCCCUGGAGAUCCACGAGGAGGCGUGGAACGCGUACCCCUACUGCAAGACGGUGAUCAGCAACCCCAUGUACAUGGGCGACAAGUUCGCGAUCGUGAUCGAGACGAUGCACGUGGCGGACCGCGGGGACUCGGACAACGUCCACAGGCUCCCGCCGGAGAAGCUGAAGAUGCGGCAGGUGGUCCCCAUCGACAUCGCCAACGACUACGUGUCGCGGGCGGACUACAAGCCCGACGAGGACCCCAAGAAGUUCCACAGCGAGAAGACGGGGCGGGGCCCCCUCGAGGGCAACUGGAAGGAGUCGGUGGAGCCGGUGAUGACGUGCUACAAGCUGGUCACGGUCGAGUUCAAGUGGUUCAUGCUGCAGAACCGCGUCGAGAGCUUCAUCCAGCAGACAGAGCAGCGGCUGUUCACCACGUUCCACCGGCAGGUGUUCUGCUGGAUCGACCGCUGGCACGGCUACACCAUGGAGGACAUCCGGGCCAUCGAGGAGAAGACCAAGCGGGAGCUGGAUGAGCAGCGCAAGAGGGGGGAGGUGCGGGGCAUGCGGGCCGAGACCGACUGAUCGCCCCCCGCCGCAAGCGUCUGUCACGUCCAUCGCGCCAAGCAUUCCUCUCUCUCUCUCUGCAGUGCAUGUCACACCAGUUCGUACCUUCCGUUCCUUCCUCGUUUCGUUUGCAACUUACUUUGUGAAUCAGUUUUAUCUUCACAUUUAUCGAAUGUAAAUAUGAAAAUUCCCACAAAAAAAUUAUUUUUGAAAGUUUAGAUAAAAAUAAAUUGGGUAAUAACUGCAGUAUUACUCCCAAGUAUAGUUAAAUAUUUUGUGUUCAAUUUCCUUAGCAUGCUUCAAGGUGUACCUCUCAUUCAGUUUUUACGAUUCCUAAUGUUGUUGAUAAUCUGUUGAAUAAAAUGUGUGUCCAUAAAACAUAAUUUGUGCAUAAAGUGGUGUAGAAGAGGUAAAUAUUUUAAUUGUAGGUAGAAAAAUAUAAUAAUUGUGAUAAAUUGUUUGGAAAUAUAAUUAAAGAUUUAAUUCAUAGUACAUAGUACCAUUACUCAAUAAAAUGAAAGUGCAAAAACCAAUAAUAUUAUAACAGAUAGCCUGCCAUUGACAUGUGAGUAAUUGUAGUCAGACACUGAGAUCUAGGCACGGCUAUUGUUACAGUUACGAUGUUCGCAAGUUGCUCCUCGGAUGUUGGUAGUCAUAAUUGUGGCUGUGAGUAACAUUGUCGCUAGUAACAUUUAUUUUGUUUGCUAAAAGCUUUCGUCAUUCAACUGACUCAAUUUUAGUCUUGUGCAAUUUUUGUGGCUCUGCGUAAUCUUAAUGAUAUUGGAUUAGAUGCGAGUUGGCUCUAGCAACUUUUUAUUUAAGUCUCGUGUGCUUUAAUGGAAAACCAUUAACAACUUAUUUGUCAUUUUUGUUAUUGCUUUCGUUCUAAUUCAGUAUGAAUAUAGCUUUGUUUGAGAUAUUUGUUUUCUUUCAAUAAAAAAAACAUAAUUGAUCAAAGGUUUACUACAAUAGUAAUCAAAAACGUUUGCAUUUACGUCAAUUGUAAUAUCUCCUCCCUCCUCCCUUAACUGAUUUUAUUUUGUACUAUUUGCAUAUAACUGAAUUUUUACAUGUCUAAUUAAGCUUUUUGAUAAGAGUUCCUACAUGUUUGUAAAAAAGCUAAAUCUGUUUUUUUUAUAUUUUAUUUUUAAGUGCUGUUUAGUUUUCUUGGUAAUGGUUUUGAUUAAGAUGUUAGCAAAUGUAUUUCAGCGACUUGUUGCGUCUAAUGUUAGUUUAACUGAUUAGAUAAUUUUUGAUAAGUUACCAGUUAUCUUGUAUUUUUUUUUUUUUUCUGGGGUUUCACUACGUACUGCUUGGAGAAGAUAGUAGCUUAAAUAAAGUGUGUGAUCAACAGAUUUUUUUUUCCAGUUAAAGUACGGUGCUUGGGAGGAUGCUAGAUCACAAAGUAUUCUUUAAAUUGGUUGCUAAUUGAAAAUGAUACCUAAUUAUACAGUUUGACAUUAUAUAUUAUCAGGUUCUGGGUUCCAAGAAAGUCAUCGUGCAUUAACAUGUUUCUCCACCAAUGUUGAAUGCCUGUUUUUCUAUUGGUUUUGGCCAACCUCUUGGCUGAAGUUAGACGGAGCAGUAUCGUUUAUCAUGGCGGUACGACUGAAUCGUAUUUGGAUGAGGUCAGUUUGCCUGAUAACCUGUUCUGCGGAGGAAUUUCUAAAGUAAACCGUUUUCUGUGUUAUGAUUAAUUUUUUUUGCUGUUUUUGCAUUGUAGCUUGUUUUGACAUUCGUGUUAAAGAAUUAUGAAAUGGUUUUAGAACAUUUUCAGAGAUAGAUCAUCAAUUGAUUAGCUCUCAUUUCUUAUUAUCGUUACAGUAUAUUUUUUUUUUUACACGUUAUUACCGUAUGUCAUUGGCCUACUAAGCAGUACUUGGAUUCAGUAAGUUUAUGCAGAUGUAGUCUCAGGUAUUUUUUAGAAGCAAUUUCAGUAUGUUCAGUGGAACGUAGUGUAAAUAGAAGGUACUGUAAGUAAGUUGUAAUUGUUGUAGUGAAGGGUUCUUGAAAGUGGUAUUUUUCCGAUCAUCCAACUGUGGGAGUCGAACGACGGUUGUAGGGCCAAGGUUUCCCAAACACUUGAGACAUCUGUAGCUACGUAGGAAACAGCCUUCUGUCGGGUAACCAGUGUCUAGGGAUGCCUCCCCAGUGUUGGUGCAGUUCUGCUCUACCUGGGGGCAGGCCCUCCACGAUGCUUGCAACACCUGCCCGCUGCCUGCCUCGCCGGACUGCCCAGCGGUGCUAGGAGCCGUGUUGAAGUGCUCGCGUUUGCCGUAAAGCGUUGCGGCAGGUUUUCAAGCAUUUGGCUUUCGUUCCUAUUGCGUUCCAGUGUUGAUGCAUUGAGUGGCUGACACUUAUGGGAGGUUGAUGGAUAGGAACAGACACAUCCCAUUUCAAAUUAAACUUUUUUUAGACCAUAAUAAUAAAAAAUUUUUAACGUUCUUACCAAAAAAAUGUGCCUUUGUAAUGGCAGACGGCAUACACUAGUAUGAUUAAUUCAAAAUAAUGAAUAUUGAUGUAUGUUACUGGUGAAUCUUUUUUAAAAAUUAAUUAAAUGGGUACUGUACCCAAGUGAUUUGCGGUCAAUGUCGGGUAUUAGUCGUCACAUUAACUGUGUUAUGCCUUAACGAAAAGAAACUUUUAACAAAAAACCAAUACAUUAAUUACAAUUUAAACUAUGGAAUCAGACAGCUUCUUUCUGGUCACCCCCCCCCCCCCCCCCCCCUCUUCAGCGGCCCCUUAAAAAAGCUCUUGAAUCAAUGCACAGUAGCUGUAGCAUCACAGUAUUGAUUUUCCACAGGCAGGACCUAAGAUGUAGCAAACGCCUUACUGUUAAUGUGGUCGCACAGGAAUUCAUGGAGUGGUGUUAAGUUGGACGACCUGGGAGCUAGGCAGUCGACGGCUGUUGCGUGUGUCGCGGUCUGCCUUCCUUUAAGACGUGAGGGACUGUUUGCUACAGAAGUGCCUCUGGCAACUGUUCUGAAACGGCACAAACAGCUACCGGUUAACAUUUGUGUGGGGAAAUGUUUGUUCUUUAGGGCAGUGGCUGUACGUAAGGACCGAGGUUAUUGCAUUUACACACCAAUAAAAUGUUUUAUUGCGAUUUUACAAAUGUUUCUCUAUGUGAGCAUUGAAAAAUUACAGAAGUGUUCUGCAUGUUGUUUGCAAUUUGUGAAAAGUAAGGAAAAUAUUAGUGAUUAACAUUUUUGCCUGACUAAUUGCACUGUGGUCUCUCGGUAGAAUUAAUUUUCUGUUUUUCUAUGCGUUGUAGGCUUGUUUUCGAAACAUCUCUUCAUAAAGAUCUGGAAUUAGCCGAAAACAAAAUAUCUAAAAUGGCGGGUGAAGUUGCGAAUUAAUUUGUAAAAGGCUUAUCAUUAGACAAAAUUUAUCAACAUAUCUCAUAACACUAGAAGAACUUGUUAUACUGUUCUGGAAAUAGGUAUCGUGUGUGUGUCUACACAUUUGCACUUUUUUUUAUUAUUGUGAUCCCGUAAAUUGGGCCUGAAUGGAAAGAGUGGUGUUAUAGAUCUCUGUAAUGAUAUUUCCUUUUCACUUGUGUACUUUCGUGUGCUUUGUGCACACUUGUGACCUUUUCACUUUUAUUUUUGUUCAAGGUAAAAAAAAUUUCUUUAAAUUUUUAAUUUUUUCUGUAGUAUGGAAAACCCCGCAACAGUUGUGCUAGAAAUGAACCAGUUAUUGUUAGGUAGGACGUGCUGAAAUUUUAGCUUAGCGUAUAAGAAGUUAGCAGCCAGGUCGGCUUGUAUCGAAUAAGCAAUGAAAGUGGAACAUUUAAGUAAAAUGGAUAUGGGGCUGAAAAACCUGUAAAUGUGAGGAGACUUAAAAAUUUAGUAGUUACAUCAGAUAUCAGAUAGGUCCUAAAUUAUUUAGCUUUCAUAAUUUCGUAUUUUUGUUCAUUAUUUUAAAUAAAUUUAUAAUAUACCUAUGUUAAUAGUUUAGAAAAAGGUUUAUAAAUUUGAAAAGUAUUUGUUCAAUAAUUUUGGAACUAAAAGGCCAAUUUUUAUGUGAACCUCAGCAUGAAUUGAGAGCAUGUACCGUAAUUGUGUGCUAUACUUUUUAAUAUUAAUUGUUAGUCUGUAUCCUUGACAUGUGUUACUUAAUUUUUUGUAUAUCAUUCACAAAUCAAUAGAAAAUUGGUUUUACUACAGUCCUACAAACCUGAGUUUUUCUGAGGUUUGAGAAAUCAAUUUUUAAAAUUUUUUAUUUAUGUAUAAUAUACCAAAAAUUAAGUAACACAUGUUAAAGGCUGCACACAAACGAUACUGUAUACAACACUUUACAUGCUCUUAUUUCAUGCAAGAGUUGACAUGAAGAUUGGCCUUUUUGUUUCUAAACACUAUUAAAUAUUUAUUCAAUUUAUAAAACACUAUUCAAACAAUAAUUAUGGUUUAAUUUUAAAUUUAUUUAAUACCUAUAAUGAGUAAAACAUGAAAUUAUGGUGGCCUCUUUUUCUUGAUUAGUAAUUUUAUUUUACAUGUGCUUAAAAGUUUGGGUAUCUUGACAUUGGAAGCAGAACUUUUUUAUACCCUUAAAUGUUUGGAAGAGAAGCCAGUGUAGGGUUAUUUUUUUUAGCAUUGGUUUAACAUUACUCUGUAAUUUAAUAUGCUUUUUUAAAAACAACUUUUACUCCCUUUAUUGAGGUAAACUGUGUAAAAAGCAGUGAUAAUUAAAUAAAAUUUGGUCAGAUGAUAGAAAAUUUUGAGUCUUUUACAGCUGUUGGUCUGUCAUUAAAACUUUGAUUUUAUAGCAUCAGUCUUGGAUUGUGCGCUAACGUCAUCUUGCCGGCAGCAGCAUGGCAGUUUGUGUGCUUGAGUGACGACUGAGAAAAAAAUUGUUGAAGUUAUGAAGUUGUAACAAAGUUUUAUGUAAAGCACAAUUUUUUAUGUAUGUAGAUUUUUAAAUAUUCUUCUUUGUAUGCAUACCGUAACUUCUGUAGAGAGAUUUCUGUGGCAUGUUUAUUUUGAAAUGGCCAGUGUUCAGGUAUUGGUAGCUCGAAAUUAUUUACAUUUGCAGGUCAAGUCUUUCUUUUCAUAAGAAAAUCAGUAUCAAAGAAUGAAAAUGUUGAAUUACAAAGGACAAUUCUUAUUUUUCAUAUUUUUUCAAACUCCAGUAAAAAGAUAUUUAGUAAACUUUGAUCUAUCAUGAGCCUUCUAAUAUUCCUUCAUUGUGCUGAUUUUAAUUUGUGUUGUUUAUCUUAAUGCAUAGUGUGGUGGCAAAAAUAGUUUACAAUUUUGAAUCUGCUUUUAUGCAGAUUGUUGUUUAGAGGAGGUUAUAAACUAAAUUUUUCAGGGUAGCUAGAUAGAAAAACAGGCGUUUCAUUGUAAAUAAUGCCCGGUUGCUCAUGAAGAUUUUGCAACUGGAGCAAUAAACCGCAAGAACCGGUUAUAAUUUCAUUAAAUGUAACAAUCUUUUCAAAAUACAAUUUUCUGCUUUAGGGACCAGAUGUCUCGAUAGCUGUCGACGUAUUUAGGCGCUGGCAAACGACUGACGCACAUUUGUCAGGCGACACGUAGUGGUCAUCCUGGAAACAUGUGACUGCUGAAGCCACACAGUUGAUUGGCACAGGCGCGCAUCAUGAAGCUAGACGCAAGUAGAUGUUUUAUCACGUACUAAUCGUGAAUAUUGGACCACAUGCACAAUCUGUGCAGUAAAAAUUUUGGGGUGGGGAGGCAACAUCGAAUGUGGCUUAUUUGUCCGUGGGACGUUUGAAAAGAACGCGUUCCCAGCUAAUUUACUGGCGAGGUUAUAUUAUGUCGCAGAACUCUGUAUGUUGUUUCUGUGCGUUGUUUGAUGUUUUGUGAAUGGUGCACUUAAAUUUGUGUUUAAUGCACUAAAAAUUGCAACUCGGCAUCUAAUUAUCCUAACAAAAACCUGUCUGUUGGAGAGUUAUCUAUGAACAAGAGCUUGUGUCAUUGUUUGCAACAGCUGAUUAAUAGGGACAAGAUUAUAUGGUGAUUGGUGAACUGCGAUAAAACCAAAACAAAAAGGACAAGAAUGUCGGUACACAAUAUAGCACCGCAAUGACAGUUAAUACACCAUUCAAGUUACAAUAAAAAAAAAGGUAAUAUUUUAACGUUUCAGAAACAAGAAGUCAUUAAUAUUGUGUAGAGUUUUUACUGAAAUUAAUUUUUACUGUCCUAAAUAUAUCUACAUUACAUGUAAGGAGAAUAAAGUGUAAAGUAUAAGUGAAUAAGUAUUACGAAAAUAAAAGAAUGUAUGAAAAUAAAAACAACAACACUGAAAUCUUCUGUUUUAAAUACAAAAUUGGACUAAGAAUAAAACCAUAAAAUCUUGUCUCUAGCGAAUGACAGUUCUGUUCGCAAAUCAUAAACCAGCGAAGGCCUUGUGCGCAGGCAAGAAUCUGUGGUUUCUAUGCAAGUGUGAACUGUGGACGCAAGGGCGCCGUGUUUGGGACAAGGCCGUGCUGCGCUGCCGUGCUAUCGAGCCAUCUUGUCCAGGACCAUCAUUCACCAGGCGUUCAGUACGUCGUGUCGGUGCUUUCGUCAGAGGAAUGGGUGUUCCGAGAGUCAGGCGGAUGUAUGCGCACUCACCGUACGCUCGCGCCGUUUACAUGUUGGGUACAGACCUUCCAGUGAUGUCAGUUCCGUUAGCUCGCGUUGGGAGGCUAGUUUAAUGGCGAGCUGGCGGAAAAAAUUUGAUCACAAUUUUUGUGUUAUUAUUAUGUGAUGUUUGACGACACUGUAGCAAUUAUUGAACAGCUGUCCAAAAAUGUACUUUUUAUUUUUGGUUCAUACUUGUUGGAACCAUUGUUGAAACUUAAUGUAUAUUAUCUACAAUAAAGGUAAUUACAAUCUUUAAUGUGAAAAGUGUGUGCAAAGAUAAUAGGGUUAAUAAAUUUCAGAAAUCUUAAAAAAAAAAAAAUAAUAUAAAAAAUAGAUUAUGUACAGAUAACUAAAAUGUUUUGAAGACAAACACAAUUUCUGCUGCAUUUCUAGAUGUGAAAACAUUUUGUGUGCUAGUUAGUGCAUGUUUAGCAUAAUUUGGGACUUUUGAGAUGAUAGUUGUUUCCAGUUCUUUGUUAACUUCUAACUUAUUUAUUUUAUUUAUUGUGAUACUAUUUCUCAGGCAAAAUGUGCAGUAAUGUCUAUUAUAUUAAAACUUGUUCAUUUUUUAGUGUCUUUCUGAAAAUUUUUACGAAUUUUCAUAACUUCUUUGUUUUGCAUAUUUUUGUUGAAACUUAGCUCUUUAUCUUGUAAGUGUUUGCAUUUCUUCCGAGACUCAAAGAGAGAUAGAAAAAUUAGAAUGGGCUGUACAUGUAGUAUAUGUGUAAACGUAGGAAUAAAUUUACUUAAAUAGAUAUAUAAAUUGUAUAGAACUAUAUGAACUUCCAUUCUUGAAAAUAAAAAUUGCUCAAUAAAAAUAA